CUGGCAGUGCUGUCUGUCUGUCUGUCUGUCAGCGGGAGCGAGGCGGCUGCGGCAUCCACGGACUCCCUCGGCCAGGGCAGCAUCUCUGGAUGUCCAUCUCCGUUCAGAUGUCCAGUUUUCUCCCAUCCAUGAGCUCAGAUUUCCAGCAUUACAGUUUCAGGAUGCCGAACAUUGGGUUUCAGAACCUGCCUCUCAAUAUAUACAUUGUGGUUUUCGGCACUGCCAUAUUCGUCUUCAUCCUUAGUUUACUCUUCUGUUGCUACUUGAUCAGGCUCAGACAUCAGGCGCACAAAGAGCUUUAUGCCUACAAACAGGUUAUUCUAAAGGAAAAAGUAAAAGAGCUUAAUCUGCAUGAGAUCUGUGCCGUUUGUUUGGAGGAAUUCAAGCCCAAAGACGAGCUGGGAAUCUGUCCAUGUAAACAUGCCUUCCACAGAAAGUGCCUCAUUAAGUGGUUGGAGGUGCGAAAAGUGUGUCCACUCUGCAACAUGCCUGUCCUACAACUGGCACAACUCCAUAGUAAGCAGGACCAUGGGCCUCCCCAGGGACCCCUGCCUGGGGCAGAGAACAUUGUAUAGCUUCUCCCCAAGCAAAGGACACUUCCAUCACAAAAAAUAUCGCAAGGAUGAAAACGAUGGGCUUAGGCAGAGAAUUGCAGAUCUCUGAAUCUGUUGCUUACAGCCUUGGUGCAUCUACCAGGAUUCCCUUUGUCUCAUGAAGAGCUCCCACGAUGCACUUUAGGGGACGGGGCCAGAUGCUUGGACUUCAGAACAACCAAAGCAAUAUGCCACCAGCGCAACAAGAAGACAAAAGGCAACAACAAGCCUAUGUGUUUGGGUUUUUGAGAGCACUUUAUGACGGACCCUGUCGACGGUAUUACAUGUGUAGGCCUGGUACCUGUUUCUGGCUAGUUGACUGUAUGGUGUGCUGAGGAGGAGGGAUAAUGUUACAAGUAUAAUAAGAGAAGAGAACUUACGAAACAAAGUCUUUCAAGACACUGGCCCCUGGGUACCUUGAAUGGUAGAUCCUAUGCAGCCAGUGGACAUCUUCCCAUCUCAAAAAAACAAAACCAACCUUCACACCCCCUUUAAAAACUGUCUCCAUAAGGCCAAACCCAGCCAGCAGUUACCUCGCGCUGAAUGGCUAGUGGCUGGAGAAAUGAGCAAGGGUUUUACAUUGUUCCUUUACAGAGAUUUUCCUGAAGUUGUGGGGUUACUCAGAGGUUUAAAUUUUGACAAUGUCCUGUUAGCGUGGACAGCACCAUGACCAGUCUGCCAACAGCCUCUAAGACAGUGCAAGCGCAUAAGCACUCUGCGCUGAAGUAGUUCCAGGGGAAGGUUUGCAAGUAUUGGGCUGCAUCUGUCCAGUAAGGGAACUGGGUCAUUCUAAUGUGCACAUGUGGCCUGAUUGUUUCGGAGGUACUGAGCACCCACAGCUCCCCAGUCUUCAUCUCUGAAAAUCGACCCUUACGUGACCCCAAAGGAGCAGUGAGGUUGGAUCUGCUCUUGAGAACAGCCGUUGCCCCCCGAGUGUUCUGGAAUGUGAUGGGAUGAUUUUCCUACCAAGUGCUGGCAUUAAGCUGGCGUCUGACACAGGCACUUACUGCAAACGACGCAGCAGCCACACACGUCUGUAUUUUCCUCUGCAAUAGGAAAGCCCCUUUAAAAAGUCUGAGUCCAAGGCCCAGCGCUUGCACACAUCCCUUCCCUUCUCAUGUAGUUGGUGAAGCUUGGUUGCCGUACACAGCCUCACUCUCUCACACGCUCUCCCGUCUGCACAAUCACAAUCGCAAAGGGCUGACUUAAUCUUGGCGCAGACAGGCUCAAGUCCACUGCAUUCAGCAGAGCUGCUGCCUCUUACUUCAGAGCCAAUGAUAAACCUUGACUAUCUUGUUUCUUUCUCUCGGCUCUGCAUUAGAGAAAGGUACCAUAGAUCUACCCAUGUCAUUCUGCUGGGGGCAGAGUUAUUCAAGUCACCCUUUUGAGUGCUGGGGCCCACUUGAAAUGGAUGUGUAUCGGGAUAAGCCGUGGGGCAUAAGGUCUGUUUGUGUACGUACGUCUCUUGGGGUUGAGGAGUACUCUUGGUGUUUGGCUGAACUGUAUUUAAGCAGGGUAGAUUUCUGAUUUCUAGCUCCACUUUGAGUGAUUCGAAAGUACUGACACUCCUGAGAUUCCUGAAUUAGACCAAUAAUAAACAGCCCAGAUGCAGGUGGACCAGAGGGAAAUUCUCCUUAAAUGUACAUAGCUAGCCAUUGUCUAAAAUAACGUAAAUGUGCAUAUUGCUUACUGCAUUGGCUUGCCAGCCCUUUCUCCUCCUAGGUACGCACCUGUGUGCUUAGCAUCUGCUGUAAUGCAGUCCCACGAGAGCCUCACAGCUACUCCCAUUCAAGGCAGAUUUUCUGGUUCUUUAACAAUGUUCCAGGAGCCUGAUAUCCCCUGAUCUGUUCCCUUUGCUGUCCCAUCCAAUCCAGUAUACAUCUCAUGUUCCACCAGGAGUCCUUUUGUCUUCUAAACAUUGCUUUAUAAGGGCCAAAUCCUGCUGCCAUUGAUCUCAAUGGAAAAACUCUCCUUAACCUCGGUGGCAUCAGGAUAGGGGGCAUCAGAGGGGGAAGAUUCACUUAUUCUGAGCGCCUUCUGCGCUGACUUUGACUGUUGCAGCCUGCAUGUUGUUUGCAGACUGUGUUGGGAUGGGAGGGGAAGGCAGACGUACUUGUUUAUGAAUGUGAACCCUGCCACGCAUCUGUGGCUAGCUGCUUAUUUGCCUGCUCACAGGUAUUUGCAUGAGCUGUGAAUGACUGAACAGUUUUACAAAGGAGCUUUGAAACGACCAGGGGGAAGAAGGGUGAGUUGCAAACAUCUACCAUUAGCCACUUUGUCCACCGUGAACUUCAAAUUACCCAUUUAACCAGAAUAGAAAAGGCCCAAAUGCCAUUAUUUCCCUUUCAUCGAUCAGCACCAAGCUGGUAGCGGUCGACAGUAUUGAUUAAAGCAACGUUAGGUGCCUUUGACCUUUGUUCUCUUUACAGAGCUACGGUACAGUACCACACUACCACCAGCUCUUGCGGAUGAAACCGACCAUCCCACCAUGCCUCAGCCUGUCGAGUUUCUGUCUCUGGCCCAGCCAGGCAGGGCACGCUGGCCUAUAGAUGGAUGUCAGCAAAGAGGGUUGACGACGUGUCUCUCUGAUAUAGCCUAAUAUAUGCAUUUCUAAUGUGCCUACACAAUAAUUUAGGUCAGACUUGAACAAAAAAAACCUCCUGCUGCCACUGAAGUCAAUGGGGAAUUUUUGCCAGAGGCUUCACUAGGAGCAGGAUCUGAUCCAUAUUGUCUGUCCUGUGAUAUGUGCCCCCUUCCUGAUCCCGCCCACCACCAUUUAUCCUUUCUAUGUACUUUUAAUUUUUUUGCCACAGACAUUUUUUAAGUUAUUCAGAAGAAUCUGCGUCCUGAGCAUGAUGUUUGAGACUUUUACCUAGGCAAUUAGGUAUCUAAGGCUGGGUCUACACUACCCGCCUGAAUCGGUGGGUAGAAAUCGACCUCUCGGGGAUCGAUUUAUCGCGUCCCCAAAUCGACGCUCUUACUCCACCAGCGGAGGUGGGAGUAAGCGCCGUCAACGGGAAGCCGCAGAGGUCGAUUUUGCCGCUGUCCCUACAGCGGGGUAAGUCGGCUGCGAUACGUCGAAUUCAGCUACGCUAUUCGCGUAGCUGAAUUUGCGUAUCUUAAAUCGACCCCCCCCUCCCACCAUAGUGUAGAUGUAGCCUUAGAUUGUAUUCUGAAUGGAACAAAGAUUUGGAUUUGAACUAUGAAUAUAAAUUGACAGGGCUGGCUUAGUGUCUUCCCUGCUGUCUCCUGGCUGUGCUGAUAACGUUUGCAUUUUAUUUCUGUGAUGAAUACCACAGGCUACAGUGCUGUAUCUCAUUGAGGAUAAAUAUGUGUGGUCCCUGCAUUCUUGUGCCCUGGAAAAGCAACCAGCCUGGCUGCACGGCUUCCUAGGUGCCUCUGCUUGAGGAAAAUCUGUGAAUUCCUUCCCUGAACAUCUAGGCCACUGAGGAUGCUCACUAAGAAAGUGGUGGCUUUUGGUCUCCACUUCAUAGUAAAUGAAAGUGGCUCGUAGGCCGGUCUCUAACAGCAUACGACUCCUGGAGGAGUGGAGCGCGGUGCUACUCUGGAAUCUGUGUGUCUCCAUUCCUGUGGCUGGAUUAGAAUUUAGUGUGAAUUCUGUAGAGCUUCCUCACACAGCUCCUGAUCCUUCCAGGUUCUCAGUGCUCAGAGCUGCUCCAGAAAUCACUGAGGUCUGUGCAAGGACAGUUUGCAGGAUCAGCAUUAAGGAUUUUUUCUGAUUGCUCACUUAGUAAUAAGGCAGCGCAAAAAGCUUCAUGUCUGGGUAGGAAUCUAGCCUAGGUCACCAGUGUCUGAAAGUCAUGGCCAUGUGAGGGCGGUUGAGUGAUCUGCGAGUUGGGAGUCUCAUUCCCUUUGUUAGCAUCUGGUCUCUCCAUUCCCAGACACUUCAUCUCAUUUGGUACCCUUAUUGGGAAUUAGAGUAGCAAGGCUGAGAAAUGGGCCAUGGACACGUCUUCCUUCUCAUUCCUAGGGGUGUCUCUUCAAAGCAGGGACAAAGGCACAGGGAGGUGACUAUGAUGCUGUUUGCAGGAUCGCUGUCUGUUCUGGGCAUAGAUCUUCAGUCUGGAGAGUUUCAAUCUAUAAUUAGUUCAUUUAGUUUCACUAAAUUCUCUGAAACAAAACUUAACUUUUCUGGUUCCCUAUCAAGUUACAAGCAAAUUUGAAGCCAUGCUCUGAUUGGACCCCAAAUCCUGUAGGGGCCGGUAACCAUACAAAUACAUAGAAUAAUGGCAGCACGGCAAAUAUAAAACCCGGGGGAGGGGAGAGUUAAAACCCUCUUGCAGAAGCUGGUCUGAAGUUGGUGCCACUUGAAAUGUCCUCUCAAUUGGCCAGAGGAAUUCCCUGCACUUGCCUGGUGUGCUACAUCCUUCAGUGUUUGAUUGAACGAGUACAUACAGUGUGGCUGCGGCGUUAUUCCAUGCGGCUUUACCCGAAUAUUCAGCUCCCAGUCACAUCCACGCAGUCAAUGAGCCAGUGGAGUGAGGUGUAUCUUUUUUUAAAGGGCUGUUGCAGUGAGACGCCAUCUUUCUCCUGUUGCUGUCAGUUUUAGAGCCAUCUCCACCGUACUCGGGUUCACCUGGCUGAGGGAUGUUAUUAAGGUAGUUUGCCAGUUCCACACUGUAGUCUCUGUAACCGGUACAACACCACCUUGUGUAUAGUAUCUGUCUGGUAUCUCUAGAGCAAUUGACUACCUCAAGGGAGCCAUUAAAUGUCUUAAACGUCAGAAGUACCUGCCCCAAAUGUAUGGGGGGGUUGUUGUAUCCACAUCCCAGAGCAUAUGAACGUGUUGUCCUCUCUCCAUUUCCCAGCACUAGAUUCUGCAGAAUAGCACUCAGGGUCUUGAGCAGAUUUGUGGUUUGUUUCACAUUAGCUGGUGACCAGAAUAUUUGGAUGGUUAGCCCCAAAGGUGGCACAGAUCCCUGCAAACUCAGCACUUCGAGACAGUGACCCAGGCUUGUGGAUGGAAUUAGGCUAAAAUAUUCACAGGAACCACAUUCCUGUCUGGUAAGAUUCCCUCUCCCAAUCUCAUUAGUCAAAAAUAUUUGUUUGUCAGGCCACCUACCCACAACUCCCAUUCACUUCAAUGGGAUUUGUGAGAUUGGCACCUCUCGAGCUCAGCCCGUGGAUGAAAGUAGAUUUGCUCAUGGCAAAUGCAAUUGUAUCUCCUUUGAUUGGUCCCUUCGUAUACAGACCUUCUAACCAGUAUUCUCUCCUCUAGUAUGUACCCAUAACUCCCACCAGUUAAUGGGAGGUGCAGGUGUACAUACCCUGUUUCCCCGAAAAUAAGACAGUGUCUUAUAUUAAUUUUUGCUCCCAAAGAUGCGCUAGGUCUUAUUUUUCAGAAAUGAAAAAUGCCUUAUUAUCGGUGGAUGCCUUAUUAUCGGGGAGGUCUUAUUAUCGGGGGGAUGCCUUAUAUUACAACGAGAGGCAAAACUGUAAGUAGGCCUUAUUUUCGGAGGAUGUCUUAUUUUCGGGGAAACAGGGUAUCUAUGCGAGAAUAGGCCACUAAUUUUAGCAGGCUACUUGCAAUCAAUGCAUGGUUGGUUUCUUAUAGCUGAACUAGGACAAGUUGCUCAUGGAUAAUCCCUACUCGCUUGCUGUUUCUCUCCCAACUGCAUUAUUGAUGCAAAUCUCCAUUCCCAGUAGUGGAAUCGACAGGAUCUCUGUGAAUGGCCAGUUCUUGGUGCCAAUUCAUGUUGUGAUACAAAACAUACUCUGUUCACUGUAAAAGCCACACCUUGUGGCAAAGAAGAUAUUUGGAAGUAUAGACUCUACCAUGUGCCUAUGUCUUGGGUUUCCUUCAAAAGUUGACUAUUUGCCUUUAUUGGAGAAAAUUAAGCAACUUGUAGUCAACAUUUGAAAACUCUCUUGUGUAUAUUUCAAAGCAAAAGGCCCGAGUGUUAAUUAGUUGCCAUAAACCAGGUUGCACUGACCCAUUGGUCCAGAGCAUUGUAGUGGUGGUGGAUUCUGAAGCUUGAUCGGAUUUCAUUGUCUUGAUGAGGAAAUGGAGCUGCAGGGCAUAGCUCUGUGUCUUCCUAAAACUCUUUACAUGGUUGGUGAAGGCUCACUUUCCCCCUGGCUUGUUUUUGGUGACCCCAGUGGAUGGCUGACCUGUCUGAUCUCUCACCCCAGUGUAAAUCUGGAGUCACUCCAUGACCACCAGUGGAUUUAUACCAGCGUGAGAUCAGAAUCCAACUCCAUGUCGUGGAGAGAACUAUAUAUUGAUCAGUCUCUAGCUGACUUUGGAUGUAAAUGGAAGGGGCAGGAUAUUACCUGAACCCUGCUCUUUCUUAGGGGUUUCUCUUUUUUCCUUCAGUAUUUACAACUCUCCCUAUUGAAGGGGUGCAAGAAAGGGGUCAUUCAGUAUUACAUUGUACAGGCUUUUCUAAUGGCAGAGUAGACUGUUCUUUCCAAUCCUUUUAGAAUGGGGGUAAAGUUUCCCAUUACCAAUUAGUCUGUGUAUUUUGAUAGCAUCAGUACCUGACCAGUCAAAUGCUAGCGAUAGUUCUUGUGAUUAGACCAUCAAGGGGUUGGGGGGCGGGUGUUUUCUCCUUCUCUGUAAAUACUGUGUGACUCCUGAGAUGUUUAUGCCCAUGGGUUCAUAGACAUGUUUGUACACUAAGAAUUCUGCAGCAGAAUAUUUUUAAAAACAUUCGCUGUUUUUUUGUAAGCUAUAUUUUUGUAUAUUUAAUUGCUAUUUUAAAAUUCUAAUGCAUCUUUUUUGCUAAUCACACUAUUGUUAAGGAAAAGAGAAUUUGCAUGUGAUUUGACUUGAAAUGUAAAUAAAUGCGGAUUUUGGAAA